AUGCGCGCGCCAGCGGGUGCGACACUGGUAGAAGCGGUCGCGACAGCAGGAGGGGCGGCGGCGUCGCCUGCUGACAUGUCAAUUAAGAACGGGGUCACGGGAGUCACGGACACCCUACUGGCAGCCGACGGGUCCCGCUUUUUACCGCUGACUUCCGCUUUUUCCGCGUCGCCUAGUAGCAACGACACUUCUGAUGGUAGCAAUAGCAGUAGUAAUGAUAGUACUAGUAGCAGCGCGUUUGGCGGCCCAGGCGUGGCGCAAGCGCUGUGCGAACUCAAACCCGCGGCGCCGACCAGCAACGAGUCGCAGCAGGCGCAGCAGCAGCAGUCCCCGCGCCAGCUGUCGCUCUCGUUCUUUGCGCGCGCCAGCCUGUGCGCGGAGGGGGAGGGGGCCGGGGAAGGGGAGGCAGUGCGGCUGUUGAAGGUGCUGCUGCUGGUAGUUCCGCUGAACGCUUCUGCCGCAGCAGCAGGGGGAGGGGGAGCAGCUGGAGGAGAGGCGGGGGAGCAGGUGUGGGGGGAGUGGCGGGUGGGUGUGCCGUGUGGGGCGAGCAGUGCGAGUUUGUCCGGCGCCUUGCCUUGGUUCCAAGUGGGACCCCUCCUCUUCCCCCUCCCUGACCCCCCGAAAUCCCCCUCCUCUUCUUCCUCCUCCGCCUCUUCCCCUUCCUCGUUGGUUGUGCCUCCCGGGGGAGUGGCGCUGCAUUUGUUCCGGAGCUCUGGGCUGAAGAGAGCAGCAGAUGCAGGGGCAGCAGCAGCAGUAGCAGCAGCAGCGGCGGCAGCAGCAGCAGCGCCCGCAGUGCAAGCAGCUGGUGCGGAGACUGUAUCUCACAAUGCGGCAGCGGAGGAGGGGGUGGGGGAAUCACGGGUUGCAGCAGCGCGGACAGUGCAAGCAGCUAGUUUCGUAGCCCACGCUGCGGCAGCGGCAGCGGAGGGUGUGGGAACAAGACCGGGAGCAGCCGAAUUCGCUGUUGCUGCGACCGACCCCUCCCCUCUCAAGUCCUUCUCCCACUGGCCGCUCUCCAGUGCCCACCCGCUCCUCACAGCCGGCUCAACCCGUCGCAACCGCUCCUCCCUCUCCCUCACCACGCUCUCCGACCUCAACGCUGCCGCCCUGGCGCUGCACCCCACCCCCUUCGCCCUGCUCGCCCCCGCCACGCCCUCCUCCCCCUGCCGCCCCUUCUCCUUCUCCACCUCCUUCACCUUCCGCAUCUCCUCCCCCAAUGCCGCCGGGCUGGGCGGCGAGGGCUUGGCGUUUGUGAUGCUGCCGACGCCCACUCUUGGCUUGCCGGGGCCCUCCCUGGGGUACGGCCGACUGCUGCUGCCCCCGGGGAGCACGACUGGUGCUGAUGACUCACAGCUACAGCAGCAGCGGAGCCUGGCAGUGGAGUUUGACACGGCCUCUUCCCCCGAGUUUUGGGACCGCCCCGACCACCACGUGGGGGUGAACCUGCACGGCAGCAUGCUCUCUCUCGCCUCUGCUCCCGUGCACCCCCUCGGCAUUCCGUCCCUCAACGCCGGCCAGACCCUCCUCGCCACCAUCCACUACAACGCCUCCUCCUCCCUCCUCACCUGGCUGGGGGGGAACGACCCGGAGGCGGCAGCGCCCCCCCCACCGCUGUUUGUGGGAUUCACAGCGGCCACGGGCAAGGGGGCGGAGCAGGCUCAGGCACAUGAGGUGCUGGGGUGGACGUUCCAAGUGGGGGAGGCGGAGGAUCCGCUUCUGUUUUGGGCGGCAGACUCGUUCUCCUUCCCCUACAUCACGCCAGCCACUCCCCUGCUGACACAUGGCAGCACACGGAAGCGUUUCUUCGCUGCCGACCUCUCCGUCGCUGCUGACGCGCGGUCCCCAUGGGACGCCUCUGUCCUGCUGCCCUCCUGCAAGUGCGCCUUGAAGCUCCCCUCCUUCGAGCCCACUCACCUCACUGGCCUGCCCUCCUGCUUCCCUGGUGAGACAUGGAGUGCAAGAGCCCAUUGUUCCCAUCAUGUCUACUCCGCUCCUACAUCCCCCACUGCUGAGGUGGAUGAGACUUACCCAAUCCCCUUCCAUUGUAUCUCCCCAACCCUCUGCCCCUCCCUCGCUCUCUUCCUCCUCCCCCUCCCUCUUGCUCUUUCCUCCCCCUCCUCCCCCAUCCUCUCUUUUCUACUCUCCCUCUCCCCACCCCGCCUUCCCCCCUUCCCCUCACCAGAGGCCUACUCGUGUCGUCAGCUCUCCAGCAACCCAUGCGCCCCGGGGUGUGCAUCGACAGUAGGCCUACACGUGUUGCCAGCUCUACAGCAACCCAUGCGCCCCAGGAGUGUGUAUAGAUGA